AUUCUGAUCACAUAUGCAGAUUGCCAGAAGCACUAGAAGCCAGUUUGCAUGUGGCCUUGUUCACUCCUUUUUUCGCAACUAUUUAAAUUUCCCUAUUUCUAUCUUUAUCAACUCAUUUGAACUUGUUCAUCCACCUUGCUAGUUGCUACUUAGAGAGAUGGUAUCAAUGAGGGCAGUUAAUAUUUUGAUUUUACUUAACAUUAUUAUUUUUACUAGUAGUGUUUCAUGCAACAAACUCCCAUGUCCUCCAAGUUCCUCAGGGAAGUCCCCUGUUCCGAAGCCUGAGGCCAAGUGCCCAAAAGAUACCCUCAAGUUUGGUGUUUGUGGGGACUGGCUAGGGUUGGUUCAUGAGACAAUUGGUGCUAAACCUAGUGCCGAAUGCUGUGCAUUGAUAAAAGGGCUAGCCAAUGUUGAAGCUGCCGUAUGUUUAUGUACUGUGAUUAAAGCUCAUGUGGUGGAGCUUGUGAAACUUGAGGUUCCUGUUGCUCUCAGUUUGCUUUUAAAUUCAUGUGGAAAGAAAGUUCCUGAUGGAUUUGUUUGUGCUUGAUGCUGCUACUCCUGCCACUUCUGCUAUUAUUGAUGUGUGUAAAAUUAUAGGAUUGUUUACUUAAUGCUAAUAAAUAUUGUAACUUGAUAAAUAUGUGCUUGAAAAUUCUAUAUGCUAAUGUUCAAGUAAUGGUGCCUCUUAUUUGCA